AUGCCAAGUGGUAAAACGAGAGUUGCAAUAAUUGGAGGUGGAGUUGCUGGAUUAAUUGUCGCACGACAUGUGUCUGCAAGAGCGAAAGAUUAUACUCUUACCCUAUUUGAACAAACUGAUAAAGUUGGAGGUACUUGGGUUUAUACAAAUGAAACUGAAGUUGAUAAAAAUGGUCUUCCUGUACAUAGCAGUAUGUACAAAAAUCUUAGAACAAAUUUGCCAAAAGAAAUAAUGCAGAUCCCAGAUUUUCCUUUUAAAGAUGAAGAUGGACCAUCAUUUGUACAUCACUCCGUUAUUCGUCAAUAUUUACAAGACUAUACUCAACAUUUUAAUCUCUAUCCUUAUAUAAAAUUCAAUACUCUAGUUGAACAUGUGGAACCAGUAACGUCAGACGGACAGACCACUUGGCUGAUUACUUACAAAAAUAUGACGACACAAGAACAAACAACCAAGACAUUUGAUGUUGUAGUACUUUGCAAUGGUCAUUACACCGUUGGUAAUAUUCCUAAAAUAAAGGGGAGCGAUACGUUCACUGGUAGUUGCAUUCACAGUCACCAGUAUCGAAUCCCAGAUAAAUACAAAGGAAGAAAAGUUUGCAUCCUCGGAGCUUCUUGGUCUGGGAUUGAUAUUGCUAUUGAAGUUGCUAAAUAUGCUGAUAAGGUAUACUUGAGUCAUAAUUUACCGGAAGGACUGAACGCCAAGAUGUCUGAUAAUGUUGAACAAAGAGCAGGUAUUGAAUUCAUCAAUCGCAAUACUUUUUACUUUAGAGAUGGAACAUCUGCUGAAAUUGAUGACUUCAUUUAUUGCACUGGCUACAAGUUUACGUACCCGUUUAUGUCUGACAAAGUCUCAAUAAAAACUGACGACAAUCAUGUUGAGCCAAUUUACAAACAUCUUGUCCAUGCUGAAGUACCGAAUUUAUUUUUUAUGGGGUUGCCGGGAAUCGUUAUACCCUUUCCGAUGUUUCAUAUACAAUCGCAGUAUAUUCUAAAGAUUCUUGACGGAGAUAUUAAAUUACCUUCUGCUGAAAAAAUGCGGCUGGAUUAUGAGAAUGAGAAGAAAAUUCUUCUCCAACAAGGAAUACCUAUAAGACAUAUUGUUAAAAUGAAAGAACGUCAGUGGGGUUAUUAUGACGAAAUUGCAACAGCAGCAAAUGUUGCAUCAUUUCCACCGGUUAUUAAAAAAAUUUACGAUCACUCAAAUGCUAUGCGAGAAUUAGAUUUUAUGAGCUACAAAAAUUAUCAAUACAGAAUUAUUGAUAAAGAGAAUUUCACUGUUGAUUACUGUAAACCGUGUUGA